AUGCUGGUGGACACAAAUGCUGAUGCGGUUGACACGGUGGAUUCGUCGGGGAUACCUCUUCUUCAAGAUGCUUCGUACUACGUCGGAGUGGAAGAAAACGACGAGUUAGAGCCGGCGCGCAGCAAUGCGCCACCAUCAUCAAAACGACGACGCACACGCAAGGUCAAGAGCUAA